GAGCCUGGGCAACGAAAUUAUUAAGAAACGGUCACAAGUUGGGACUGGACUGUUCCAAUGUUUAAGUACUUGUUGAGUGUCAUUUCUCAAGAAAACCCACUGAAAACUCCAGCCUGGAUGGGGAGUCCAGUUGACCAGCGCGCUCUGUCCGAGGUGGAAGUCCAGCUGCACGGUCAGAGGAAGGACAUCAACCUUCCGGGGGAGUUCCAGAACGACAAACUCGCCUUCAUCAUCGAUAACGUCUUCUCAAAGGAGGAAUGUGAAGAGCUGAUUCGUGAGACAGAAGAGAAGGGAUAUGAGGUGGCCUUAGUGAAUGUUGGAGGAGGAAGGCAGAUCCUUGCGACCGACUACCGUAACAGCGAGCGCUGCAUCAUCGACUCCAGGGAGCGUGCGGAGUGGAUCUGGGAGAGAAUCAAACAGUAUGUUCCACGGCGCUGGGCACGGAGGGACGUGCUCGGGCUGAACGAGAGACUGAGGUUUCUGAAGUACGGUCCAGGGAACUACUUCCAUCCUCACAUGGACGGGAGCUACAGACGAGACAACGGAGAGAGGAGUUACCUCACUCUCAUGCUGUACUUAAACGAGGGCAGUACCGGAGGUGCAACAAACUUCAUCGCUCCGAUGUUUGCCACCGGAGACAAGAUCAAGGAAAAAGUGCCUGUUAUUCCUAAACCUGGUCGAGUCCUGGUGUUCCAACACGACAUUUACCACGAGGGAGAAGAGGUGACAGCAGGAGUGAAGUAUGCCAUGAGGACAGACGUGAUGUACAGUGCUGAACAGGUCCAGGAGGAGGAGCAAGAGGAGAAGGAGUGAGAUGUAGAAAACCUGUCACACAUUCAGUGUUGAUUCCAGAACCGUGCUUUAUCCAGAACUUAUGCUCAGGCACAGUUCUGGAAAGUCCAUGCAUAUCCUAACCGGUAGCGGAUCAUGGAUAGCGGACGAAAGCUAAAAAGGCUGACACUCAGGCUAUGCGUAUCCAGAAACAUGCCUAUCUAUCAUAAUUGCAGUUCUAUGUCUAAAUUGGUUACGAUUACGAUCAGGCACGGUUUUGGAUAGUCUCUGUGUGUUUAGUGCUUAGGUACAGUGUCCUGGAUCAUGGUUCUGGAUUAAGUACGGUUCUGGAUAUAACACAAACCAAGUUCGGCGCUGGCUUGGGAUGAAGUAGCCUGGAAUUUAAUGUGACUUCAUCACAAUAUGUUGUUCUUAAACAAACCUUCCCUUAAACUGGUAUGUAACUUUU